AUGUCAUAUUCUCCUAGCACCUCCUACUACUCACCAUCACUUGCCUCGACGACAUCCGGUCUACCCUACCACCACACACAACCCAUGUCCAGUCUCUCGCUGGCUUCUCAGUCCUCACGUCGCACCUCCACAUCCGCAAAAUCACCACGCUUUUACUCCUCCCCCGUCCAAGAUGGAUACGGCACUCCCGUCCAGCUCUAUGGCCUCGAACGCCGAGAACCCUCCAUCCACGAAAAGCCCAAACGAUCUCGACGCAUCUCUUACGCGCUCGGUGGAAUCGAAGAAAAUCUCUCUUCAAUGAAUUCAGAUACAACUCCCAUGCGUGCCACGGCCAACAAGAUCCGCCGUCGGCCCACACUCCGUCUGGGCUCCUCCCCCGUGCCUCCUGUGAUGGCUCCGUCGCCUCGCAUAAUGGAGGAUGGAGCAUCCACACCGCAAUUUCCACCCGAGUCGGCCUGGUCCAUUUCGACGACGCAGACAAGUGGCUUCGCACGUCGAUUGACUCGGCGCUUGUCUGUGUUUUCCAUGCGGAGAAAGACCGCUGUGCAGUCGGGGAGGGAGAUGCCGUCACCGGACUCGAUUGGUUCACCACUGCAGCAUGGGAGUCGUCUCCAGCCUACGUUUGCGUGA